CAGCAUGAGCGUCCCUGAUUACAUGCAGUGUGCGGAGGACCACCAGACCCUGCUGGUGGUGGUGCAGCCUGUGGGGAUUGUCUCGGAGGAGAAUUUCUUCAGGAUCUACAAGAGGAUCUCCUCGGUGAGCCAGAUCAGCGUCCGGGACUCCCAGCGAGUGCUGUACAUCCGCUACCGGCACCACUACCCGCCCGACAACAACGAGUGGGGCGACUUCCAGACCCACCGCAAGGUGGUAGGCCUCAUCACCAUCACCGACUGCCUCGCCGCCCAGGACUGGCCACAGACCUUCGAGAAGUUCCACGUGCAGAAGGAGAUCUACGGCUCCACGCUCUACGACUCGCGGCUCUUCGUCUUCGGGCUGCGGGGGGAGGUCGCCGAGCAGCCGCGCACGGACGUGGCCUUCUACCCCGACUACGAGGACUGCGGGACGGUGGAGAAGCGGGUGGAGGACUUCAUCGAGUCCCUCUUCAUCGUGCUCGAGUCCAAGCGUCUGGACAGAGCCACGGACAAGUCUGGGGACAAGAUCCCCCUUCUCUGUGUCCCCUUUGAGAAGAAGGACUUUGUCGGCCUGGACACAGACAGUAGUAUGUUGUUGGGCGUCAAAAGACAUUACAAGAAGCGGUGCCAGGGCCGCAUGCGGAAGCACGUGGGGGACUUGUGCCUGCAGGCGGGGAUGCUGCACGACUCGCUGGUGCACUACCACAUGUCCGUGGAGCUGCUCCGCUCCGUCAACGACUUCCUGUGGUUGGGAGCUGCCCUGGAAGGGCUGUGUUCCGCCUCUGUCAUCUCCCACUACCCUGGAGGGACCGGCGGGAAGACAGGGGGCCGGCGGUUGCAGGGUGGCCCCCUCCCUGCUGAGGCAGCCAACCGACAUCGGCCAGGGGCACAGGAAGUCCUCAUUGACCCAGGUGCCCUCACCACCAAUGGCAUCAACGCUGACACCAGCGCCGAGAUCGGCCGGGCCAAGAACUGCCUCAGCCCCGAGGACAUCAUCGACAAGUACAAAGAGGCCAUCUCCUACUACAGCAAGUAUAAGAACGCCGGCGUGAUUGAGCUGGAGGCCUGCGUCAAGGCGGUUCGCGUCCUCGCCAUUCAGAAGCGGAGCAUGGAAGCGUCGGAAUUCCUGCAGAAUGCGGUGUACAUCAACCUCCGGCAGCUUUCCGAGGAGGAGAAGAUCCAACGCUACAGUAUUCUCUCAGAGCUGUAUGAACUCAUCGGCUUCCGCCGCAAGUCCGCCUUCUUCAAGCGCGUGGCUGCCAUGCAGUGCGUGGCACCGAGCAUCGCCGAGCCGGGCUGGAGGGCCUGCUACAAGCUGCUCCUGGAGACACUGCCCGGCUACAGCCUGUCGCUGGACCCCAAAGACUUCAGCAAAGGCACGCACCGGGGCUGGGCUGCCGUGCAGCUGCGUCUGCUCCACGAGCUCGUCUACGCCUCCCGGAGGAUGGGGAACCCGGCCCUGUCCGUCCGGCACCUGUCCUUCCUCCUGCAGACCAUGCUGGACUUCCUGUCGGACCAGGAGAAGAAAGACGUGACUCAGAGCCUGGAGAACUACACGUCCAAGUGUCCUGGGACCAUGGAGCCCCUCACCCUGCCCGACGGCCUCACCCUGCCCCCCGUGCCCUUCACCAAACUGCCCAUCGUCAGCUGCUCUGUCAGGAUGUCAAGUGAAGCCAGGGGAGCGGGUGCAGUCCUGGCUGACCGUGGCUUCUCUGUCUCUCGACUAGACUUCCAGUGGGUGCAGGGCGACGUCUGUGAGGUCCAGCUGAUGGUCUACAACCCCAUGCCCUUUGAACUCCGAGUCGAGAACAUGGGGCUGCUCACCAGUGGAGUGGACUUCGAGUCCCUGCCCGCGGCGCUGUCCCUGCCGGCCGAGUCUGGUCUCUACCCAGUGACGCUCGUUGGGGUCCCGCAAACCACGGGGACCAUCACCAUCAGCGGCUACCACACCACGGUCUUCGGCGUCUGCAGUGACUGCCUGCUGGACAGCCUCCCUGGCGUGAAGACCAGCGGCUCCACGGUCGAGGUCAUUCCCGCGCUGCCCCGGCUGCAGAUCAGCACGUCGUUGCCCAGAUCUGCACACUCGCUGCAGCCUGCCUGCGGCGGCGACGAAACCUCUACGAACGUGACCGUCCAGCUGUACAACGGGGAGACGCAGCGGCUGGCCAUCAAGCUGGAGAACAUUGGCAUGCAGCCUCUGGAGACGCUGGAGGUCACCUCCAAAGUCCUCACCACCAAAGACGGCAUCAGCAUCAGUGGCUUCCCGCUGUCUAGUCCUUUCCGGCAGGUCGUGCGGCCACGAGCGGACAGCAAGCCUGUGCACGCGCCUGAGAGCAGCAAGACCGGGGACUUCAGCCACGUGAAGACGCUGGAAGCCAUCCUGAAUUUCAAGUACUCCGGCGGCCCGGGCCACGUGGAGGGCUACUACCGGAGCAUCUCUCUGGGCCUGCAUGUGGAGGUCGAGCCGUCCGUGUUCCUCACCCGCGUCAGCACUCUUCCUGCAACCAGCACCCGGCAGUGCCACCUGCUGCUGGACGUCUUCAACUCCACGGAGCAUGAGCUGACCGUCAGCGCCCGGCACAACGGGGAGCUCAUCUUGCACGCGAGUGAGUGCCAGCGGAUGGCCAUUCAAGUGGACAAGUUCAACUUCGAGAGUCUCCCUGAGUCCCCCGGGGAGAAGGGGCAGUUUGCAAACCCCAGGCAGCUGGAGGAGGAGCGGCAGGAAGCCCGCGGGCUGGAGAUCAACAGCAAGCUGGACAUCCGCUGGACCAUCCUGUCCCUGAAGCGGCACGGAGAGGCCAGCGUGGAGGGCCUCCGCAGCCAGCUGGUCCUGGAGCACCUGCAGCUGGCACCCUUGCAGUGGGAUGUGCUGGUGGACGGACAGCCAUGUGACCGCGAGGCAGCGACCGCCUGUAGCGUGGGUGACCCGGUGCGCCUGGAGGUGCGGCUGACCAACCGGAGCCCGCACAGCGUGGGGCCCUUCGCACUGACCGUGGUCCCCUACCAGGACCAUCAGAACGGUGUCCACAACUACAACCUGUGCGACCUCGUCUCUUUCGUGGGCUCUAGCACCUUCCACCUGGAGGCGGUGCAGCCGUCUGGCCAGUCGGCCUGCCUCGGCGCCCUCCUCUUCCUGUACUCCGGAGACUUCUUCCUGCACAUCCGCUUCCACGAGGACAGCGCGAGCAAGGAGCUGCCGCCCUCCUGGUUCUGCCUGCCCAGUGUGCACCUCAGCGCCCUGGAGGCACGGGCCUAGGCCUGUGGUGGAGGGGGUGCCGCCUGGGGCUAGAGCCCAGGGUGCCCGGCUUAAGCUGUCCUCCCAAGGCUGGCUCCCAUGGUGAGGGCGACAGUGGCUUAGCCGGGUCUUUUCCUACCUUGCAGACCAGCUCGCCAGCCCUGCCACCGCCCUUCUCCCCUGCCCUGAAUCCUUACUCCAGCAUUGCCUGCCCC